UCCCCACCAUCACCACUACAAAUCUGGAACACUCUAUCUCCUGCUGCUAUUUCUUCCUCUGAUACUUGUAGCCUUCUUGGGUGCCAAGCAAAGAGGAAGGACAGACUCCUCUCCUGAGAUCCACAUACUGAUACUACAACCAGUGACCUGAACGCUGAAACUGAGCGAGACAGUCUUUGUGACAACCAUGGCAUCCUCUCCAAAGCUCUGGAUCAUUCUCUUGUUCUCAGUGUGCCUCCCAUGCAGGCUGCUUGUACACAGCAAGGAUUUUUCAUGGAAGGAAUUCAUGGAACGGCACUAUCUAAGUCCAAACAGAGAAUUCAGCGUAUACACAUGUGAUGUCCUCAUGAAGCAAAAAGAAGCUCCGAAAGACAAGAACCCCCACAUAUUCAUUUAUAUCCCAUGGUACAAAAUAGAGCAUAUAUGUGUUAAGGGCACUUGGAAUGAUCGUUAUAGAAAUGCAUAUGUAUGGACCCGGAAUACCCUCAAAGUACUCAAGUGUUAUCAUGAGAAAUCUGAAAAUGUCUACAAAGAGAGUAGGGGUUACAAUCACAUUCAAUUCCAUUGUAACAUGGAUGGAUAUGUUGAUAGCAUAGAAAGCUUAAACUUAACAGAACCUAUCCUCUACUAGAGAGUCUACUUACAUGCUCAUGUUUUGGUAGGCUAUUCAGUGCUUCCCAAGUGCUGGCUCUGCAUAUAUCCAUAAUCCCUUCCACUCUCCACUGUCUAUUCAUGUGUCAGUAUAGAACACUUUAGGGUUAGGCAUCACAUGGAAUUUUGAUACUACAACUUUGCCUGUUAUUUCUCUAUCUGGACCAAUCUUCAGUCCUUACUUAUUUAAUUAACUCCCACAUUUUCUUCAUAUAACAUCUCUGCUUGACUAAUCUCAAACUUUUCUUGAUAUUGCCUCUCCUUAUCCCUAUACAAUAUAAAUGGCAAUUACUCCCCAAAUAAAUUGCAUCUUUCCAAACUGUGUGCCAUGUAUAUAAAUUUUGUCUUAAGAGUAUGUACUUAAUGAUUGAUAUGAGUAUUGUGCAUAUAUGUGAUAUAGAAUAUGUUUGGCUAUAAUUUGUGCUGUGAAUAUAUUUUAAGGUACACUUGAUGUGUGUG